GCUGCUCCCGUCCCACAAAGCCAAACACCUGCACUGCAAGACCUGCACUGCCUUUGGUUUUGCACACUCCUACACAAAUCAGCUGGAAGAAACAAGGCCUUCCCUUACAGCUAUCUUAUUUCAUUACCAAGAAAUUGCAGUAAACAGAUUAGGAAGGAGCACAUUGCAGUAAAAGGGAUAAACAUAGUCCCUAGGAGUCACAGAGAACUCCAACUUGACAAAUAGCAGCAUAGAAGGGAUUUUGAAGGAUACUUUGUCAUAGCCUGACUUUCCUUGUACAGCAAAUUUGGAGCACAAUCCACUCACACAGUCCCUGAAAUACAGCAGGAAACCGCUCUGAGGUCUGCAGCAAAGCCCCACCAGAGUUUGGUUCCUCUCUCCUUCUCCUGCAUCUUGAGCACUGACUGAUUCCUCUCCAACCUCUUCUCCUGCAGAUCAUUUCUGCCACUGUGGACAACAACAAGUUGCUCCUGGACAUCGAUAACAGCAAGAUGACUGCCGAUGACUUCCGAAUGAAGUACGAGAACGAACUGGUCAUCCGUCAAACUGUGGAGGCUGAUAUCAAUGGCUUGAGAAAUAUGCUGGAUGACCUGACUCUGGUUAGGUCUUCACUGGAAUCUGAGCUGGAGUCCUUGAAAGAUGAGCUGAUUGCUCUGAAGAGAAACCAUGAGGAGGAACUAAGACAGCUGCAGUCUCAGACUGGAGGCGAUGUGAGCGUGGAGGUCAAUGCUGCUCCCGGUGAAGACCUCACCAAGGUUCUCAAUGACCUG